AUGGUUCUCAGUCUAUGCCUUUUCAUCUUUGCAGGGAAAAAAGCUUUAGCACCAGAUGUUGUUUUCACGCUUGUCGCUGUAUUCAAUAUUAUCAAGAGUAUGCUUACGUUGAGCGUACUUGGUGCUGGGCAAUACGCGCAAGCGAUGGUGAGCUUGCAACGAUUAAGUGACUUUAUGGACCGAAAGAGUUCCCUGGUGGUCACGGACACAAGCCAGCUUACGAUGCAGGCUCAGAGAUCAGGCCCUCCUAAUUCCUCGUCUUCUACAGCGCAGGUCCUUGGGGAGUUCAAUUACACUCAAGCCAGCCUUGACAUCGAGUUUUCGAGGGGCGGACUCAAUGUGAUUACGGGUGAUACUGGGUCAGGAAAGACCUUGUUGUUACACACAUUGCUGCCUGCUGGUUGUGGUGACCAAGGCAGCAUAAGGCUCGGCAAAGCACAAUUCGAGCCGAUUGCCUACGCAUCUCAAGAACCUUGGCUUUUUCGAGGUAGUAUCAAGGACAACAUUUUAUUCGGGACUGCAUAUGAUCAAAAGCGCUAUGAGCGUGCCAUUAGGGAUUGCGCGCUGGAGAAAGAUCUUGCAGCUUUCAAGGACGGCGACCUCAAAGAGGUAGGUGAAGGUGGCCGCAGUCUCUCUGGAGGUCAACGUCAGCGAGUAGCCCUUGCCCGAGCAAUGUAUACGAAUGCAAACGUCGUCAUAUUGGAUGAUAUCCUUUCAGGGUUAGACCCGAGCACCUUCGAGUGGGUGGUGACGAAAUGCAUCUUCAGAUCGGAGCUACAGAAUCGCACGAUCAUAAUGGUUACAAAUGACCCGAAAGUACUCCAGAUGGCUGAUUUAGUCAUCCACAUGGAGAAGGGCAGAAUCGCUCAAGUUAAGAAGAAUCUCGGGCCCAAAAACACGCAAAGAAUGCCCGGCACGGACUAUGUCGAUCGUCUGUUCCAUGAUCGGCGAGAAGUCUCUGAAACAAUAUCUGCACCCUGUGGAAUUAUCGAUGGCAGCGACGAGACGAGCCCGCUCUCUGCGGAGGCCCUUAACGAAUGUGCUGGUCUUCAGCGCGUGAGCAGUUUGAGAUAUGGCUUCAAAUACCUCCGAUCCUUCGGCAGUCGGCCAUUCGUCACUUUAGCAGUGAUUUGUGCCGUCGGAGCCCAAGCAUUGGAAAUUGGGGUCCCAGCAUGGCUGUCGAUUUGGAGUGCUAUAUCGUUGAGAAACGAAAAGAAUAGUAGGGACAGUUUUUAUCUAGGAAUCUAUGCAGGACUCGGCUCAGCGCAAAUAGCGACCCUGGCAUUCUCGCUGUUUUUGUUAUACUCGGGUGCUUGGCGAUUUAGUCAUGACAAGCAUAUGGAAAUGAUUUCUGCAAUUUUCGGCACUACUUACUCUUGGAUCUGGAGUACCCCAGUGGGACAGGUGAUCAAUCGUUUCUCGUCUGAUAUCGCAAGUUUAGACGACACUCUGUUCAGGACUUUUCGUCCAGUUUUGGAGACAUAUCUGUCAAUUGGUCUCCGGAUUCUCACCGUGACGUCGCUUAUACCACUUUUCUUUCUGCCGUCUGUCAUGUUGUCUGGGCUUGCAAUCUACGUGGGCCACCGUUACCGUUUCGCAGCCACCGCUGUGAAGCAUCUAUACGCCGCUAGUCUCACGCCACUGCAUCACAGUAUUGCAGAAACUGCGUCGGGCCUUAAGACAAUACACGCAUUUCGCGCCCAGGGGAUGCUACAGAAGCGCUUCAAUGCGGCAGUUGAGCACCAUGUCCAGACAUGGAAUGCCGUCAGUGACCUUCAGAGGUGGCUGGCAGUACGAAUGGACAUUUUCGUCGCUUUGAUAUCGUGCUCUGCGGCGACAUUAGCCAUCUUGCGGCCGCAUUCAAGUGCACCUGUUGUUGGUCUUAGUUUGACCCUCACAACCGGCCUCUGCACGGCUCUACUUUAUCUGGUUUAUCUCUCGAGUCUUCUGGAAGUUGAAAUGACCAGUUAUUGCCGUAUCGAGAACUAUAUCCAGGAACUUCCACAAGAGGUUCCUUCCGCUAACCAUGAAGCCUGUGUGGUAGAACAUUGGCCAACUCGGGGAUUGAUAUCCUUUGAGAACUUCGGAGCCAACUAUUCGUUGGAUGAAGAGGAGAUUCUCAAGGGUGUCAGCUAUAGAGUGAAUCCCGGCCAACGAAUAGCUAUCGUUGGUCGCACAGGAAGCGGGAAGACUUCCCUGGCACUGAGUCUGCUACGGCUGACUACUAGGACGCGUGGAUCCAUAUCCAUUGAUGGCGUUGAUAUUGAAUCGGUUGCGGUCGAAAAGCUACGGCAGAGCAUAACUUUUAUCCCUCAAGAUCCCACGCUACUUGACGGAACAAUACGUUUUAAUCUGGAUUUCAACGGAGAGUAUGACGAGGGAUAUUUGCAAUCCAUUCUGGAUGGCGUGGCGGGUACAAGGAAAUGGAAGCUGGAUGACAUGGUCGAGCUAAAUGGGAGAAAUUUCUCACAAGGCGAGAGACAGCUCAUUACCCUCGCACGAGCCAUGGUGAACAAACACAAAAUUCUCAUUAUUGAUGAGGGGACCGCUAGCCUGGACAAAGCGAGCGAAAACCGUAUCAUGGCCGUCCUUCGGGACCGCUUCAGCGAAGGUACGGUCAUAGCCAUCACGCAUAGGUUACACAGCAUCAUCGAUUUUGACCAAGUCCUCGUAAUGGGCGACGGCCAGGUGCUGGAGGCAGGGGAUCCUCGCCACCUUCUGGAAGGAGGGGAAAGUCUUUUCAAAACAUUGUAUCUGCAGCAGUGUGGCACGAAUGCUGUGAUUAGUAGCAAUGUCAGCGACUAUCGUCAAUGA